GGAAGUGCAGGAGUGUUUUGGUUCUAAAGGGGAAGUUGCGAGAAAAAGAAAGGAGGGGACCUGAUCGGGUCUGAUGAAAUAAUUUGUGUAACAAGAAAACUUUAGUAGCCCCGCUGUUGUUGACAAGAGUCCUUGGCGGAAAUCAUUGUGUGUAUUUUUUCGCCUGGCCGUCAGUGGUGGGAGAGACCCGUUGAGGAGGACAGCGGUUACUGAGUCCAGGAGAGAGGGCGGAUUCUGCCAUGGCAAGUCGAGGGGGAGCCACACGACCCAACGGGCCCAAUGCCGCCAACAAGAUCUGCCAGUUUAAGCUGGUUCUGCUGGGAGAGUCAGCGGUGGGGAAGUCCAGUCUCGUCCUGCGCUUUGUCAAGGGCCAGUUCCACGAGUUCCAGGAGAGCACGAUAGGAGCCGCCUUCCUCACCCAGACCGUGUGCCUGGACGACACGACGGUGAAGUUCGAGAUCUGGGACACAGCUGGACAGGAGCGCUACCACAGCCUGGCCCCCAUGUACUACAGAGGGGCCCAGGCCGCCAUCGUGGUGUAUGACAUCACAAACGAAGAGUCAUUUGCAAGAGCGAAGAACUGGGUAAAAGAGCUUCAGAGACAAGCGAGCCCAAACAUCGUAAUAGCUCUGGCUGGAAACAAGGCUGACCUGGCCAACAAGAGAGCUGUGGACUUCCAGGAUGCACAGUCCUACGCUGACGACAACAGCUUGCUCUUCAUGGAAACAUCGGCCAAGACAUCAAUGAAUGUGAAUGAGAUCUUCAUGGCGAUUGCGAAGAGGUUGCCCAAGAACGAACCGCUUGCGGCCGGAGCGAACAGCGGGAGGAACCGGGGAGUGGAUUUGACCGAGACGGCCCAGCCCACCAAGGCCCCCUGCUGCAGCAACUAACGGCCCUCCCCCCUCCCAGCCCCGCCCAGCCCCGCCCACACCUCACCUCCUAACUCAUAACAUCCGGACCACGAGGGGGCGCCCUUCCUCCCAAACACCUCCUCCCCGGAACAGCUAAAGACUGUGUGGCUGCAUUUCUAAUACAACAUUUCUGUUUCUUU